CGGGCGAGCCAGUCGAGCCGCAUCUCUGGUCCCUCAUGCUGCGUCAUUCCCGUUGCCCUCGACGGCUCAGUCUAUGCGACUCGUCAUAUACUGCUGCUGCUGCUGUUCCUACUGGAACUCGCCGUCGUUGUUCGGGCUGCCCUUGGGGGUCUUAUAAGAGAUCCGCCCUUUUACACACACGUUUCAUUUUAUACUCUUCCAAUAUUGUCAUAUGAUUAAGACGACAGGGCAUGGACCAAGCCAGCAAGUCGAGGUCCAAUCUUCUGACACUAUAUAACACCAACCAUGGGCCAAGUCUCAAAUAUGCUUGAGCGGCCAACGAGUGCCCUGGCAAAGCCCUCGACACGUUUCGAGCAGCACCCGCAGAUGUAUCGUCACUUGCCCUUUGCCGCAGGCAUGAAACCCACAGGUCGACCACAGCAGAGCCGCCACAAGGGCCAGCUCAAGGUCUCGCCAAAGUCCAUCUGUGUUGACGCCGAGGAGCUUCGCCGCCGGCUCAAUGUCGUUCUGGAGGAGCAGAACCACCGAAAGGCGCGGCAACGGCAACGUCCGCCCCCGGUGAGCGAGGGCCAGGGGCAGGCGCGCGGGCAAGUGGAAGUCGCAGCGUCGUCCACAACUCAGGGCUCGCUCAACCCAGCGCGCCCCAGGCGCUAUGCCUCGGCCAGAGGCCAGCAACCCUCGAGGCCGGCUUCGGCGCUGGAGAUCACAACACAGCCGUUGCCGACGGCCCGGUCUCAUUCCCGUCAGGACCAAUUACGUAGUGCCGAGGGGGAGAUAGAGCCGGCCAAGACCAUCGUUCGGUCGAGCUCCAGGGCGACGACAGUCGACGCCGCAGGACAGACCCAGCCACUGCCCAAGGUUCGGCGUUCCUACUCGACGUCCAAGCUUAAUCGGUCAUUGUCAAUGGGCUCGAGUGUCCCAUCAAAGCACACCCCACGUAACGCUGCCGCACACUUUUCGGACACGGCGACGACGCAGAACAUGCAGAACAAGCAGCUCAUCCACCCGCUGGCACGGGAGGCGUUUGAGAAGCAGGAGCACGCACGGCUGGCAGAACAGGCUAGGUGUAAUUCGAGUAGCCUGACGGGCAAGACGUGGAACCUGAAGCGGUCGAGGAGCCAGCAACUGCACCACGGCGCCGCCUACGAGAGGAACCAGUUCCAGGACGGCAGUCUGACGCUCGGCUCGGUCAGCCACAGCCGAGACUCGAUUCACGGCACGGGCUUCCCCACGAAAAAGGGGGCCGGCAUGGACAACAUCUUCGAGGACGAAGAGUUCGUCGCGACACAGAAGCGUCAAGCUGAACGAGGUCGCCUGGAGAAAGUGACCUCGGCAGAGUUUGCCGAUAUUGUCAACGACCGUCGCAUCGACUGGACGCAGACCGACGAGUCGGAGAAGAAGCGAUCGAGUCUGCUUCAGGCAUUGUGGACCAGGAAACCCGCCGAGGCAAAGUCGGAACCUGCGGCACUGCAGCCGGCCAGUGCCACGAGCAAGAACAAGGUCCGCCCGCCCAAGAUCUCGACCAAGGGCGAGCUCUCACCGAGCUCUAGCGCGCUGCCGAUACCGGGCCUGAAGUCGCCCAAGUCGCCCCUGGCUUUCCUCACAAAGUUCAGGCGUCAGCAGCUCAUCAAAAUCUGAGCAGGCAAGAACCUCCGCUGGGUUCCAUAUGAUCUUAGUGGUCGUGCAAUUCAAAAUCAAGAAACGUGACUGGCGAUAUUCCUCAUAGUAUGAAGAGUUGGCAGGACGCUACACUAAGAUACCCUAUUUCAUUUCUUUAUUCUCGUCGUUCUUCUUACGACAAUCUAUGUAUAUAUCAGGCAGCUUUUGCGAGACGAUAAAACACCUUGGCCUGUUUCAAAAGAACGAAGUUUAUGAACGAA